AUGGAUAUUUACGGGACGGCAGUCACAGCCGUACAGCAGAUUUACCAGGUUACUGUUUUCAUCCAAGGCGUUGUUUCUGACAUCAAAGCCUUCGAGCAGGACAAGUACAACGUCAAAUUAAAACUGGAAUUGCAACUGGCCUCAUUGCAGUUUUUCCAGCAACGAUUUCUGGACCCUCAACAUGGCCUGUUACUACCAGGUAACCUUCCGGAAAGGGUGCAAGAAGCAAUUAAGCAUUUGUUAGAGAAGAUGAAAAGUGUACUGGCCGAAUAUGAAGUCUUGCUGCAUCGAUAUGAUCUUUCGGGGGAAGAGAAUUCGCUAGGAGGGAUGGAUGUGAUCGAGGAGAAAGAGAAGAAAUCCUUUUUCGAAAAAGUGAAGACAAAGACAAAAUUGUUGAAACUGAAAGGGUAUGAUUGGUCUCUCUUUGACAAGGAGAAGAUUAUUGCGGUAGUCGAGGAAUACAAACAAUGGGCCGAUAGCCUGCGAGACAUGAUGCAGCAUUUUUCGCAGGAAGCUGUGUAUUCCUUGUCAGAUUCCAUGAGCAAAAUUAGUCUCAAAGGCACUGGCUUGGAACCUGUCGCUAAAAGACAGAAACUUGCGUCUUUGAAAGCGCCGGAUGACUACGAAUCUCUCAGCGGCGAACUUGAAGAGAAUGGCACAUCGACCGGCAGCUUUCAGCUAGCCCUUUGGAAGCACAAUAGAGAGGAACAACAAGUAAUUGUCGAGUAUCAUGAAUAUGACAGCCGCCUCAAGGUUGAAGACCUGGACUCGGAAGAAAUUGACGAAUUAAAAGCCCCUGUCCGAGAUCUAGCCUGGCUAUUGCAGAAUUCCACGUUCAGUGGAGAAGAGCAGACAGAUGAUUCAGACCAGCCUAUUAUAUAUGCACUUCAAUGUCUGGGCUUCGUUGACCAGGCUGAAAAUGGGCGCUCGGUCUUUAUCUAUGAGCUCCCCUUCGCAGCUGGCGAUAGCACUGCUGGCUUAAUCACACUUCACGAGCUUAUAAACAGGGUAGAUCCUGCUAGCAAAAGACUGUUAGGGAAGCCGAUUUUAGGGGAUCGAUUUAUUAUCGCUCACUGCUUAGCACUUACUCUGCUGAAUGUCCAUGGAUCACACUGGAUUCACAAGAAUGUCUGGAGCAGGGGUAUUCUUCUAUUUCAACGAAGCAGUGAUAACAGCAUAAAACCGUUCCGUCCAACGAGCAAUGAAGCAGGGGCAGCCGACUCAAAAAGAGGACAGACCCUGGCAUUUCUGGGGGACUGGGGAUACGCUAGACCGGAGCAGGGUGGCACGGAAAUGAAAAGCGACUUUGAAGUCGAACCCAACCUUUACCGACAUCCAGAGCGCCAGGGCAAGCCCACACGUCAGUUUAGUAGAAGUCAUGAUAUCUAUGCACUGGGCGUGGUUCUGCUGGAAAUUGGCCUCUGGAAGACUGUUUCCCAAUUCUUUGACAAAGUAAUCAAAGAUGCACAUAAGACUGGACGACUCCCAAAGGCCAAAGACGUCCGUAGUGCGUUUCUCGCCUUGGCUCAGCGAGAGCUUCCGAAGGAGGUGGGAGAGUCAUACACAUCGGCUGUCGUGGCAUGUCUGUCCAGUAAACUCAAAACUGACAGCAACAUGGAGCUCUCGCUUGACUUCAAGGAGCGUGUGGUUGAUGCUUUGGAAGUUGGUCGAAAACUAUAG